AUGCCAGCAAAGAAACGCAAAGGAUCCGAGGCAUUCGCUUCCGAAGGGUCACGUCAAAACAGCGCGUCUUCUCACACGACGUCACGUUCGCAGUCAGACCUAAGGCAACCGCACCCCAACGCACAACAAACGGAAGAUUUCGGUAUUAUCUUACGCGACUUCUAUCCCCCAGAAAUAAGCAAUGCACGCUGCCAUGCGUAUAAUGAAGGCAUACUGGAGCGCCCCAUUGAAGCACUGCAACGGGCAUACAGGGAGACAGCACAGCAAUGCAAGGACAUCCAACCGGGCAGAGCCGUAGUGCAUUGGUUUAAACAAGACCUUCGCCUUCAGGACAAUCGCUCGCUACACAGGGCAUACAGUCUCGCUCGCAGUCACAACAUUCCUCUUAUCUGUUUAUAUAUAUUCUCGCCAGAGGACCUAACUGCACACCUCUGCAGCCGGCCUCGAGUUGACCUCAUGUUGCGGACGCUGGCCACUCUGAAAUCAGAAUUGGCCAAGAAAGAUAUCCCAUUAUACAUGGAAUCACAAGAGAAAAGAAAGGAGAUUCCCAGUCGUAUAGUUGAGCUAUGUAAGAAAUGGGGUGCAAAGCAUAUUUUUGCCAAUUUAGAGUACGAGGUGGAUGAGCUGCGUCGUGAAGCGAGGCUUGUUCGACUCUGUGCUGAACAAGCCAUUAAGUUUGCUACAGAGGAUGAUACUUGUGUCGUGGAUCCUGGAGCAUUGGCUACACAACAAGGCAAACAAUAUGCGGUAUAUACUCCCUGGUAUCGGUCUUGGGUGGCCUAUCUCAAACAGCACCCAGAGAAUUUAGACCUGGUCGACGCCCCAGGUGCCAAUGCGGGUGAUGCACGGAAAGAUUUUAAAGACCUAUUUGAUAGUGAUGUUCCCAAAGCCCCGGACCAAAUGAAGCUAUCUGAAACGGAACAACAACGAUUCAGGGAUAUGUAUCCCGAGGGGGAACACGAAGCAAUGCAAAGGCUUCGAAAAUUUCUAUCGGAAAAGGGAAGACAGUAUCACGAUAAACGGGACUUUAUGUCUAGCCAGUCUACCUCUGUCCUGAGCCCGUAUUUCAGCUGUGGUGCCCUAAGUGCUAGAACUGCAGUUCGCAUUGCCAAGGAUACUAAUAGCAAUGAGCUCGCCGGAAAGAAUGCUGGGUACACUACAUGGAUCAGCGAAGUGGCCUGGCGAGACUUCUACAAACAUGUGUUGGUCCACUGGCCGUUUAUAUGUAUGAACAAGUGCUUCAAGCCGGAAUUCACCGAUUUAGAAUGGGAAUAUGACUUAACCCAGUUCGACGCAUGGUGUGAAGGGAGAACAGGAUUUCCCAUCGUUGAUGCCGCAAUGCGACAACUCAAGCACUGUGCCUGGAUGCACAACCGCACGCGAAUGAUAGUAUCAUCAUUCCUUUCUAAGGACUUACUUAUCGACUGGCGACGUGGGGAACAGUUUUUCAUGCUACACCUUAUCGACGGAGAUUUCGCGUCAAACAACGGCGGCUGGGGGUUUGGUUCGAGCACAGGAGUAGACCCCCAGCCGUAUUUCCGCAUUUUCAAUCCAUUGCGUCAAAGCGAGAGGUUUGAUCCAGACGGUGACUACAUCCGGCAUUGGGUACCGGAGCUGCGAGAUGUUGAGGGCUCUGCUAUUCAUGAUCCUUACGGGCGAGGUGCUCAAAAGAUAGCAGAGAAGAAUGGGUACCCGAAGCCGAUCGUGAAUCACUCAGAGAGUAGAGGGAAAGCAUUAGAAAGAUACAAGAAAGCUGCCCACGGUGCUUAG